UAUUAAUAGUAAAUGUGUUUAACUUUUUCAGACAUUCAUUGUUCAUAAAUUGUGGUGGUGGGGAAACAUCUAAUGCUGAUGGAAAUUGUCGUUUAUGAUCAAGAUAAUGAUACGUCCACUAUUUUACCUGAGUCCAAAAGGAAACUGGGCUCGGAGUAGCGUUGGAAACACCUACGACUAUGCUUCCAAUGGCAAUUCUAGUAAAUUGUUAAAAAGCGUUAGUUGUGGGCUUUCACCUGAAGCACGUUUAUAUGAUAAUGCUCGCACUUCCCUCGUCUCUCUAAAAUAUUACGGGUUCUGUUUACGUAAAGGCAAAUACAAUGUAACACUUCAUUUUGCUGAGAUUGUUGAUGAGGUUACAGAUAUUCAUGAGGAUGUUGAUUUUCGAGAUACAGAUAAACGCGCAUUUGAUGUAUAUAUUCAGGGUGAGAGAAAACUAAAGGAUUUCAACAUUAUAGACAAGGCAGGACGUCCAAAUAAAGAAUAUAAAGAAAAUUUCAUUGUUGAUGUUAAUGAUAGUACAUUAGAGAUCCACUUCUACUCUCGAUCGGCUGGAGAAGGGACACUUGAUGGACCUCUCAUAUCUGCUAUAUCCGUAACUCCAGAGUACAAAAAGCAACAACUAUCUCCUUUGCAAACAGCACUCAUUACUGUGGCUUCAAUCAUAGUUUUCUUGUUGCUUUCAUUACUUUUUGCCUGGAUGAUGGGAUGGCUGGGGAAUACAGAUCACUUACAAGAAAUAGAUAUAGGUAUAGAAAAGCCUGUCACCCUCAAACAAUUAAAAGAUGCUACUCGGAAUUUUAGCAAGAGGAAUGAGAUUGCUCAAGGGGGUUUUGGGACAGUUUACAAGGCCGAAGUGCAAGGGAAAAUUGUAGCCGUGAAGAAAAUUUGCUCUCAUUCAGAGGAAAGGAUCAAUGAGUUCAUAAAUGAAUUUUAUACCUUAAAAUCAAUGAGUCAAGAGAACCUUGUUCAGUUGCUGGACAUUUACAACGCAAAAGGCCUGCAUUUGCUCAUCUAUGAAUAUAUGGAGAACAACUCCCUUGCACAUGCCUUAUUUGACUCCAAGUCCAAAUUGAAACUUGAUUGGGAAGUUAGAUUUAACAUUUGCUUGGGAAUAGCUAGGGGAUUGGAGUAUCUACAUGAGCAUCCCAGGAUGAAAAUUGUUCAUAGCGACAUUAAAUCCGCUAAUAUUCUUCUUGAUGGAAACCUUAAGGCUAAAAUAUCAGACUUUGGAUUGGCAAGACUUUACACCGAAGGUGAUCAAUUCAAGUUCAUCAAAGUAGAAGUGCCACAAGGAUAUAUGGCACCUGAGUAUGUUCGAGGAAUUGUGACAUCUAAAGCUGAUGUCUACAGUUUUGGAGUGGUUAUACUUGAAACUGUUAGUGGAAGGACAAAUGCAGGACACAGGCAAGAUAGCCAGGAAAGUGAAUUUCUUCUAGACACGGCUUAUGAUUUACAUCGAAAAGGAAGGCUGGUGGACUUGGUUGACAAAACCUUGUCUAACAAGUAUGAUGCAAAACAAGCCAUAAUCAUUUUGAAUUUAGCAGUAAAGUGCACCAGUAUAUCUCCAACUCUGAGGCCUACUAUGUCUGAAGUAGUGAGUGUUCUCGUUGGCGACAAAAAAAUUGAGGAGAUUUGUACCCCUGCUCUUAAUGAUAGUCACCUUGCUCAAGUUGAUUCCUCUGUUUCUAUGGAAGCAACCUCGAGAGCAUCCACAUCAUCAAAUUUGAUCAAAGGGGAAGAUGAAACAGAACACAUUUCUGAGAGCAACCCCUAGAGAUUUCAAAAUGAAACAUAGUAAUCUGGCCAAAUGUUUGUGUUUAUUUUCUUUUCCUUGUUUUUGGACUUGAUGGACUCUACUGCGAUCUGUAUUGUGUAAAAACCAUAUACAUGCUCACAACAUAUGCAUAACAAUCUAAAAGGGAUCAAGGCUUACCUUCA